UACAUCAGGGUUGUUUAAUUAAGUUUUGAACUGAAGGUGUACACUAGAGGGCGCCGCGGCGGAAGUGUAGCCCAGUCAAUGACCUUUGACCGACGGAAGUAAACAAACCUAUUCAACUGUCAGGUGGGAGUUGGUUUACAUGAAGAGCGUAAAACAGAUUUCGUCGGAAUUCAUCAUUAAAACAGUUAUAUAUUCAUUUAAGUAGCCGGUUUUGGACUAAAGCGGAUAAUUGAGAGUGAGUAUUAUUCGCUCCUCGGAUACUACAAUGAACCCUUCCUCGGGCAGAGACAGGAGCUUCCUGAGCGCAGACGAAGCCUCCGUUGUCGAGGCGGCGGUCAGGACGGCGGUCCGGUCCAUCCUGCAGGUCUUCUGCGAGGUGAAUGAGAAGAGAUCGCACUGCUACGAGGCGAAGUUAGCCGAGGCUGAGAGAGAAAACGCAGCGCUCAGGUUUCAGCUCAACGCGGCCGAGCUGGAGCUCCAGACUUUACGGCAGAUCUCUGAUAAUUACACAAUCUCAGCUGAGGUGACUUUCAGCGCUGAGGAAAAAACAGGACACGAACCGGCGGCUCUAGAAAACUCCUCAGAGAGCGCCGCGGUGCUGGAGCUGAAGGAAGAGGAGGCGUUUUACCCCGGCGAGGUGUUUAUAAAGAGUGAAGUGACUGAGGAAUAUCCUGCGGGGAACUGUGAAUAUCACGUGAACGAAAGCGCGACGCACGAGACGUACAGCAGCCCCCAUAAUCACCAUGGUUACCAAGAUCCGGCCUCAGCCGGUUCAGAGAGAAGUACGCAUGCGCAAGUUCUUGGAACUGUUCCACCCCUCGACAAAAUUCCACCAUUCGAAACACCCUGCAACAUCACCAGCGCAGACGUCACUUCCUCCGUGCAUUACCAUGGAAGACUGACCCGGUACGAGAAUGUGAGACGGUACAGAGAAAGGAUUCGGGCUGAUCCUGAGAAAUACCUCGCCUGGAAAGAGAAGAACCACCUGAGGUAUCUGCAACACAGAAAGACCAUUAAUGAACUUCCCGAGCCCAUGAAGAAUCUGCAGAGGAAGGCUUGGAGAGAAGCUACAAGACGACAUCGUGCAAAAAAGCUGGCUCAAGCUGCUCUUUCUUCCACAUCCAUCCCACAACCUCCCAGUCUGUGACCAGGAUAGUUUUUUUCCUUUUGGACUCUAUGCUCGCUAGUGCCCCCUGUUUUUAUAUGCGUAUUUAUGAAUAAUUGUGUAAUUAAGUUGAAUUUAAAUAUAUACUUAGGUGCUCAUAAUACAGACUCAUUGGGUAAUAAAUAAUUCUGAGAAAUGCCGCAUGACUUCUUAAAUCAUGUCUUAGGUUUUGUGAUUUAUGCUCCAGUGCACGUAAAGACAACGCUAAUAAAGUAACGUCUGUCAAUCUGA